AUGCCUCUCCAAAAUGGAUUUGAUUUCGCCCCAAUCUUGCCAGGGGCUACUGUCGCGACUAGAGAAGUGGCACUAUUCCCUAAUACAUCUGCGUUGAAAAGACGAGAUUGGGAAGGAAACAAAGAUGCAAGUCCACGGCCUCACUGGAGGUCGCACUCUGCGGUCGGGAGUGCUUCAAAGAGAAGAAAAACGUCGAGCGACAUGAUAGAUGACAGCUCUCCUCAGGAGCUGCAGUCCACAAUAGGCAAUGAAACCACAAAGCGGCGGACAAUGGGGAGAAUGGGUGGACAGCAUCCCGCCCAGCACUCGAAUGGACGAGCACAAGGAAAUGGAGGAUCUAUGAACGAAGGCUCCCAUUUAGAGCUGUGCCCCACGAUCGAAGAUGGUCCGAAACCAAGACGGUCGACGAGAGCGUUGACGGAGCAGGAUUUUACCCAGCACCUAAGUGAGCAUGCUCAGGAUAAUGAAGAAUUUGCGGCUUCUCGAGGAGGCGCGGUUUCAGUUGUUCUACCUCCUAAACGAGCCACCUCGAGCUUUAGCGAGGUAUCAAACUCUCCAGUCAUCCAGUCUACCUCUCCUCUAUCAUCUCAGGAUAAGGCUAGAAUCUUUUCCGAGAACAUCUAUGACCAAGUCUAUAUGCACAUGAAUACUGCGAUGAUUCGUCAUAAACAAACGAUAAAUCCAUCGAAGCUCCAAGAGAUUGGUAGCUCGGUUGCUGGCGUACUUGUGGACAGCCCUAUGUUCGAAAACUUCAAUCGUUAUGAAGUCUCGCGCGAGGACGAGAUCAUGAUAUCACAGAAAGUUAGGCACUAUGUAGACGAGUUUGUUGCAUACAGCCUAGCUCCAGCUACAUUUUUUGGCACAGAAGUUGCUGGCGCCCCUGGCCCUCGCAAGGAUAAACUAAAAACAAAGAAAACAAGCAGUAUUCCUCCAAGAGGCACGCGAUCUCAAACUCAACAUCUUCAAGCGGAUGUUUUAAGUGUUUCCUCGACAGAUACUAAGUCCCCUCGACAUGACACCCCGCCUAAGGAGGAAGGUGGUGAAUUCGAUGACUUACAGCACACUAGCGGCGAUGCUAUGCAUGUUGACACAGACCUGGAUCUAAUUGACAGGACGUCGUCUCGUGGUACGGCUGAUCCUGGCCAAACCAUACAUGGAAAAUUGCGACCAUAUAUCGACGCUAGAAGUCGAAAGAGAAUCCGCCGUGGUCUCUUGCGUGUCUCCGAUCGAGAACGGGAAAUGAUUCUCGGGCAUAUUUAUCACAUUGACUUUUUUGAGGAAGAGCUAUCGAUCGUCCGCCAAAUCCUUCAAUCACAAACUUCCAUAAGAGGAAAUCAAACUAUCGGACUUCUCAUGCAAAAGCAAAAGCUAGAAGUGCCUGAACUGGUCUCGUUGGUGAUGUCACAUCGCGAGGCGCACUGUGAAGAUCUUAGUGAGGACCUUGUUCAUAGUCGUGGGCCAGAAUCAUUAACUGCUUUUCUCAAUGAUGCUGCUGCUGGUGAAAUAUCGGUGAGUGCUAGAACACUUAUGGUAGGUCCGAAACGUCCGAGACAGUUUUCUGCACUCUUAAGACAACGUGAAAUGCAUGGUAUGGCCCCCGUUCGAUCGUGCGGUGGUCAGAGAUCAUAUACACGAGAGAUUAACUCUGUGCUUGAGGACUCAUUACAACGAAAAGUCGAAUGGACCGAUUGUUGCGGUGACAUAUGGGCUAUCAGUUGGACAAGUGAUGAUGCCUUUGUAUGUGGUGCUACUGCACAUUCUGAUAACCAUAACAUGCAAUAUAACAAGCCGGGUAAUCUCGUCGUUGGUUCUGUCUCCAAGGAGUCUUUGGAUGCAAUACCAGAUCACCGGGUUGUACGUCCAAUUGUGAAUGCAAGUGAGAAUGCCGAGAAUGCUCUUGACUCUAUGAGGCAAACCCAAGAUCCUUGGCUUUAUACAUCCAUCUCAGCAAUUUCUCAUAGUCAAAAUAGCGGUCUCACUUUCACCGCAAGCUUUGAUAGGACGGUGAAGGUGUGGAGGGUGUCGCCAUCCGAUACUGGAUCGUCAAUGGAUAUUCUUGGGACUUGGCAACAUGAAGGAAAGGUCAACUUUGUUACAACCUCGGAGCAUCAUGGCCUUGUGGCUACAGCUUCUGAUGUUUAUAACAACGCCGUCCGUGUCUAUCGCCUUGACGUAAGCAAUGUGAGUAGAUCAUCAUUUGAUACCUACAAUGGCGAGAAAGCCGCCGAACAAGCACAGGAAUUACGCAGUAGAGAUGUGUGGGCAUACUAUCCUGCGACCAUACAAUGGGGCAAAGCAGAAAAUGUAUCGCAUCUAGUACUCGUUGGCUACUCGCCACGUUCAGUUAGCAACGAUGAGGUUGACAUUCCUGAAGAUAAGAGAAAUAGUGGAGAGUUGUGCUUGUGGAAUGCCCUCGAUGGGUCAAGGGUUCCUAUUGCUUCUGCGCGUAACCAGAAUGUGUUUGAGGUUGUUUGGCAUCCAAAUAAACCAGCUUUUGUUGCUGCUACAUCUCCUUGUGGCGUUUUCAAGAGCGAAGCAAAAACACAGAUCAGGUUAUUUGCAGCAAGGACGGACAAUGAUAAUUAUACCGCUUUCUAUCCAAUUAGAGUUCUUGAUUGUCCAGCAAUGGAUAUUAACGAACUAACGAUUAUGCCCAACAGCCUUCUUCAGUGCUAUGUAACCGCAAGCUGCACCGAUGGGAAUACUUAUGUUUGGGAUACCGGAGCCAUCGGUGAUGAACCAAUUCAUGUUCUUCCUCAUGGAGAAUCACUCGAUAAUCCUUAUCAUGACCUUCCUCGUGAACUUGCAGACACCGGUGUUAAAUUUGCUGCUUGGGGAAAGACAUCUGACCGUUUUUAUACAGGUGCUUCUGAUGGUAAAGUUAAGGUAUGGGAUAUACAGAGACCGCGCGGGAAAGCACUUGUUCGUGAGAUGCUCGUGGCUUCUGGUGGAAUAGGUGCCGGAGCUUUCUCCUCAGACUUUUCUAAGCUUAUUAUUGGUGAUGCAACGGGAAAGGUUCAUCUUUUAACACGAAGUGAGGAUGAUCCCGAACUAGAGGAUUCUGACUUGGAAGAGUCUGAGAAUCAAUCAGGAGCCCAGCCUAAAAAUAAAGACCGUGGUGUUCCAUAUCUCAGAGGACCUCGGCUGAUCAAGCACCAUCCGGAGCCUGCUCCACCGGACGACCACAGUAUACAAGAUUUCGACACCGGCGUUGAGAUCUCCAACCACUUUGUUCUACAACACUAUAUAACUAUAAAUCCAGACCCGGCUAUUGGUGCAGUCCAGGGUCCAAACUAUCAUGAGUUUGGUCUCUAUCGUUUUGAAGCCCAUAUAGAUCAAGAUGGUACGAAAGCCUUGAUACCUUAUUUUCAGGCUCGGCAGCAGGAUGAAAUACAUAUUAACAUGACACCUGAUCCCCUUCCAAUUCUUCCUACACCUACACAAAGUUCAGAUCUUGUCGCUCAUAUGCGUAAUCUGUCUCUGACAUUUGAAUUUAAUGAGCUGGAGCCCGAAACUCGAAGGCAAUUAUUGAUGGACGGAGCACAGCUUGAAGCGGAUGAUGACUUCGAGUAUGAGAUGAGUCCGAGGACCAUAGGAAAUAUGUAUAAUGAUAAUGAGGCGGUUGCUUGGUAUGGAUGUAUCAUGGUGGGCACUUCAGGAUAG